GCAUAACUACGAGACCAAUGCUGUUUAGAGGGUUCGUGUGCAAGACAAUCCCAAUCGUUGCAUUUGGAGUGGGAAUCGCUUCAUUUCCAAGAAGUUGGAGAAAAGAGUACAAAGGAGACCCAAAACUUCUUCGCAUAAAUGAGUCAGUGUUGAACCAAAUACAAGAUACUGAGUUAUACAAGACCUUACAAACAAACAACAACUUCAAACAAUACAAUUCCAGCCAUGCAUUUCCUGGACAACAUCAUUCCAAUUAUAUCGGCACUGGAUUACUCUUUGGGCCAGAUUUAUUUGAAAUCGAUCCAAUUGUUUUUCUCAAUGAAGAAAAGGGGGAAUUGGUUAGUUUCUAUCAUUUAGGCGAGAGUUUAAUUAGUCAAGAUGGUCAGAUCCAUAAUGGAGUGACGUCAACUAUAUUAGAUGAAGGUUUGUGUUCUGCGGGUUUCCCCUUGUUACCAGCAAAAAAGGGUGUAACAGCAAGUUUACUGAUUGAUUUUAAAAAUCAAGCGCCCCCACGAAGCACCGUAAUCUUACGGGCGAAAGUUAAGGAAGCUAAGGGGAGAAAAGUGGUCAUUGAGGGGUAUUUGGAAACUCUUUCUUUUGACUUGUCGGUCAAACCUACUCGAGUUGCCGACGCUAAAUGUGUCCUCGUACAACCGAAAUGGUUCAAGUAUUUACAAUGGCUCCAAAUUUAGAAAGCACUGUGCCUCCUCUUUAGUUGGCCGCCUUUUAUUUAGGAAUGAAACGUAUAUUGUAAGUUAAAUAAUUUUCGUGACGUAACUCAUUUUUGUAUGCACGCAACAUGACACGAGUAGCAACU